GUCGUCACCAAAGCGGCAUCACAGGUGGAGGAGGAAUCCACACAGAAAAGAUAAGCAUGGGAAGGAUCACCUUCUUUGAGGAGAGGAACUUCCAAGGACACUCCUAUGAGUGCUUGAGUGAUUGCUCCGACAUGUCAUCCUACCUGAGCAGGUGCCAGUCCUGCCGGGUUGACAACGGCUGCUUCAUGGUCUAUGAGCGGCCCAACUUCCUGGGUAACCAGUACUUCAUGAGGAGGGGCGACUAUGCCGACUCCAUGAGCCUGAUGGGCAUGAGGGACUGCAUCAAGUCUUGCCGUGCUAUCCCCAUGCACAGAGGCCAGUUCAGGAUGAAGAUCUUCGAAAGGGAGAACUUUAGAGGCCAGUCCCAUGAGCUGCAGGAAGACUGCGACAACAUCAUGGACCGUUUCCAUAUGAAUGACUGCAUGUCCUGCCAGGUGAUGGAUGGCCACUGGCUGCUGUUUGAGCACCCCCAGUUCCGUGGCAAGAUGAUGUACGUGAGGCCCAGCGAAUACCGUAGCUUCAGGGAGAUGGGCCUGAGCAGCAUGAGGUUCAUGAGCAUGAGGCGCAUCUUGGACAUAUGAAAGUUGUUCUGUGGUAUGUUUCUCUAAAGAGACCAGAAAUAAAACUUUUCU